AUGGCGUCCCGGCUUGUUAUUGAGAAGUAUCACCAGCGUCUCACCUACGACUUCCAAACAAACAAAAAGAUUUGCGAUGAAGUCGCUAUUAUCGCUUCUAAACGGCUUCGCAACAAAAUCGCUGGUUUCGUCACACAUUUGAUGAAACGUAUCAGACAUGGGCCAGUCCGUGGUAUCUCAUAUAAAUUGCAAGAAGAGGAACGUGAAAGAAAAGACAACUAUGUUCCAGACGUCUCCGCUUUGGCUGUUGAGUCCAUUGAAAUCGACCCCGAUACUCAGGAAUUACUUAAAAAUCUUAAUUUCGAAACACUUCCCGGAGUAUCGGUUUCCACACCGGUCCCAUUGAAUACGCUAUCUGAUCGUCCUCGUGGACAGAGGCGUACUGACCGCCCGCCACGUGCCCCUACGGAUAUGUAA